AUGCUGAUACUUGACAUGCCGCAUGGAGAAGGCCCGCUACAGCCUGCCCCUCCUCCCGACCCUGAAUUCGAUGCUUUUAUUGACACUGUGCUGUUUGGCGGCGAAGAUCCCUUUGCUGAAUUGGGCUGGUUGCCAUCAGACGAACCACAGAACUCUGAACCACUUGGUCUUUCGCUUGGUUCGUGGCCCACCGCAUCAUCAGCAGCUGGCCAGGACGAGAGAGCUCCAUUGAGUACGGCGCAUGAAGGGCUUUCAACGUCCUCUCGAGUAGCAGGACCUCCUAGGAGAGAGCGUAAACAGAGAAUCAUCGUUAGGCAGGAGCCAGACUCAUGCCCCUCAAGUCCCCAGAAUAUACAACGCGGCUCAGCUGCUGAAGUUGCAACAGGGAACGCUGCCCUGGACGGGCGAGCUCCAUCGAGCACAGUGCAUGAAAGGCCCUCAACGUCUCCUCGAGUCCCAAUAAUUCUUAGAAGAAGGGGCCGUGCGCAUGGCAUAAGCGAAAAGCAGACUCCUGCUUCAGGCCGCUCAAGUCCCCAAAGUAUACCAAGUGACGCAACUGCUGAAGUUGCAGCAGGAACCUCUGGCCUGGACGGGAAAACUGCAUCGAUCACAGUGCAUGAAGGGCCCUUAGCGUCCUCUCCGGUAUCAGGAACUCCUAGGAGAGAGCAUAAACAAAGAAUCAUCGUUAGGCAGGUGCCAGAUCUAGGCACCUCUACUCCCCAGGAUACACCACGUGGCUCAGCUGCUGAAGUUGCAGCAGGAACCUCUGGCCUGGACGGGAGAGCUGCAUCGAGCACAGUGCAUGAAGGGUCCUCAACGCCCUCGCGAGUACCAGGAACUCCUAGGAAAGAGCAUAAACACAGAAUCAUCGUUAGGCAGGUGCCACACCCAGACCCCUCAACCCCCCAAAAUAUACCACGUGGCCAAGCUGCGGCGCGUCUCCGCAGGAUAGCACCAGCUGCGACACCUGUAGGGGGAGCAGUUCACUUCCAGCAACACCAUUCAAUCAUACUGCUCUCUUCUCCCACUGCCCCUGCUUCUGUGCCGCAGAUGCCGCUGCCUGCGGGUACCACGCCAGCAACAGCGUCGGUGCCGCCUUCUGAUGGGGACGCCCUUCUAUAUUUCGAUUGGAUCAGGCACAUGUUUUCGGGGUUUUCUGCGGAGCUUUGGGUGACCCAUCCUUUUUAUCGUUUUCCGGCAGUCCAAGAGACAUCUCCAACUGAGGAGACAGCGACUAUAAGAAGCUUUGAUCUAGCAAUAGCAAUGUCAUUGG